AUGGGUGAAAGUAAAAGAUAUUCUGCCUUGAUCAUCAACUUUCAUAUGUUCGUGAAAGAUAUAAACAUUUUUCAUGGAGGAAGUACUGCCUUACAUAUCGCCGUUAGUAGAAGAUUGAUAGACGUGGUGGAAUAUAUUAUCAGUAGGAACGAGUUAAAUAUAAACAUGAGGACGAAUGGAAAAUGGGCAGCUUUACACGAAGCUACAAAAGCAGGAAGGCUAGAUAUCAUUAAAACCCUCCUGGACAAUGGGGCGGACGUGGAGGCCAGAGAUGAAGCUGGGCAAACUCCACUGCAUUGGAAUGUCAGAUUCCAUUCUUCCAUGGAUCCAGUCAAGACACUGGUUGAAAGCGGAGCGGAUGUUAACUCGAAGGAUGAAUAUGGAUGUACACCCCUGCAUAUCCUCUGUACUAAAGGAGCAGGAGUGAAUAUGGAUAUAUUUGAUCUCCUGCUCCAAAAAAUGGACAAUCCAAAUACAGAGGACUCAAAGGGAUCUACACCAAUUCAUAACCUGAUGAGACUCUUACCAGUCAAUUCCCUGCCUAGAAAUAAGAAGCUCGUAGAAUUAUUUUUGAAAUAUGGUGGAAGCUUGAACAAGGAAGACGGUAUAUUUGGUACCGUGCUUCACGUGGCAGCUUGUUCAAACCAUUCUGCGAAUUUUUUGAUGUUCCUUAUGGAAAAGGGAGCCUAUGCGUGCAUUUUGAAUGGGGCAAACUUAACGUUCUUGGACUACAUUAUACGGAGCGAUAGGAAGAAAGUGAAAGAAAUCGUGAAAAAUAUGAUUGUCCAGGAGUUCAAGGGAAGAUUCGAUUUGGAUCCCCUACUUUUGAAUUGCGUGAGGACAGACCGUGAAAUCAAUGAAUAUAAAUGCUCUUACCAGGAAUGA